CAGUGUCCCGACAGCAAUCAAUAUGCGCGCCCCAGGCUCUUACUUUCCCAUCUUCCAAUCUACAGGCAACAUGCCAGAUCUACAAGGCAGGACUGCUAUCGUUACGGGAGCCCUUGAAUAUCGAUACUGCGAUAUGACGGACCUUAUCCAAGUACAAGAAGUCUUCUCUGCUCUAUGCGACGAGCUUCCUCGACUGGACCUGUGUAUAUUCGGCUCAGGAAUCGAUCAGGCUCACUUCACAACCGAUCUACACUGCAUAGAUGCUUAUUUUGGCAUGAUGUGGCUGGGUCAUUUCUACGCCAGCAACCUUCUCUGGCCUUUACUUCGCAAGACCUCCAGGAUACCUGAGGCAUCAGCUCCUCGAGUUAUCUUUGAAGCCCCAGGACAACAACGCCUACAAAGCAUCUCCGACGACUCAUCUAGCGACGAAGAAGACCUACGCCGCUCUGCUUACGAUGCAGAAGUUUGCUCUGAAAUCUUCCGCCGCUCGAAGACGAGCUUGAUCCUUGGUGUCAGGCAUGGUCUCGCCGAGCGUAUCGUCAAGCGCCACCAUGACAACAUCUAUGCACUCGCGGUUCAACCAUCAAAGAACUUGAUAGGUGCAGGCAGCCAAUAUAGAAGGGACAGUCAUUGGCAGCCUUCCGAUCUGUGCGAUCACAUUCUGGACACUCUUUCCAAGGAUACCAAGUUUGCGGUACGCAGCAGCUCACGCAUCACGCUCUACGCAGCCACAUCACCCGACGUGGAACAAAAGUACUUGAAUGGCGCAUAUUUAGUCGACGUUGGCAUCUCAGGACGCGANAAAGAUCUAGCCGCCGAUCCUUCGUUGGGUCCAGGUUUCUGGGACAUUAGCGAGAGAGCCAUCAAGGCGGUAGUCGGCAAGGACGCCAUGGUGCCUUGGGACCACGAGUGGGUGAAGUCACCAAAAGACACGGCUGCA